GAUGUUUAAUGUUGUGUGUUGCAGCUCUGAUGUUACUAGCUGAACAGUGACCACUGCCUGCCCAAGGACUCCUGCUUCCCAACUCCCCCUCAUCAUGUCUGGGAUCCAUCAGGUGCCAUGGUCGUCCGGCACAGAGUGCGUGGCCAAGUAUAACUUCAAGCCUGGCACUGAACAGGACCUGCCUUUCUGUAAAGGAGAUGUGCUGACCAUUAUUGGAGUCACCAGGGAUCCAAACUGGUACAAAGCAAGAAACACUGUGGGCAGAGAGGGCACCAUCCCAGCCAACUAUGUCCAGAAAAGAGAAGGAGUCAAAUCAGGAGGGAAGCUCAGUCUUAUGCCGUGGUUUCAUGGGAAAAUCACUCGUGAGCAGGCGGAGCGGCUCCUCUACCCACCAGAGACGGGUCUGUUCCUGGUGAGAGAGAGCACCAACUACCCCGGUGAUUACACCUUGUGUGUCAGCUGCGACGGCAAGGUGGAGCACUACCGCAUCAUCUACCACAACGGCAAACUCACCAUCGACGAGGAGGAGUACUUCGAGAAUCUCAUGCAGUUGGUUGAGCACUACACCAAAGACGCUGAUGGGCUCUGCACCAGACUGAUUAAACCCAAGCUGAUGGAGGGGACAGUGGCGGCGCAGGACGAGUUCUCCAGGAGUGGCUGGGCCUUGAACAGGAAGGAGCUGAAACUGCUUCAGAGCAUUGGGAAGGGGGAGUUUGGAGAUGUGAUGGUGGGAGACUACAGAGGGACCAAGGUGGCUGUGAAGUGUAUCAAAAACGAUGCUACAGCGCAGGCUUUCAUCGCCGAGGCCUCCGUCAUGACGCAACUGAGGCACAACAACCUGGUGCAGCUGCUUGGUGUUAUUGUGGAGGAGAGAGGCAGCCUCUACAUCGUCACAGAAUACAUGGCUAAGGGCAGCCUAGUGGACUACCUGCGCUCCAGAGGACGGACUGUUCUUGGUGGGGACUGCUUGCUGAAGUUCUCCCUCGAUGUGUGUGAAGCCAUGGAGUACCUGGAGGCCAACAACUUUGUCCACAGAGACCUGGCUGCGCGCAACGUGCUUGUGUCUGAUGACAACAUCGCCAAGGUCAGCGACUUUGGUCUCACCAAGGAGGCCUCCUCCAUACAGGACACUGCCAAGCUGCCCGUCAAGUGGACCUCCCCUGAAGCACUAAGAGAGAAGAGGUUUUCCACCAAGUCGGACGUCUGGAGUUAUGGCAUCCUUCUUUGGGAGAUUUACUCCUUCGGCCGCGUGCCUUACCCUAGAAUUCCGCUUAAAGACGUGGUGCCACGGGUGGAGAAAGGAUACAAGAUGGACGCCCCGGACGGCUGCCCCCCUGUGGUGUAUGACCUGAUGAAGCAGUGCUGGACCCUGGACCCCGCCAUGCGGCCCUCCUUCCGCAUGCUGAGGGAAAAACUGCAGCAUAUCAGAGCCAAGGAGCUCUACCUGUAAACGGAGGCUGAGGGGGGGGGACAGGGAGUAGCCCUGCACAGGAGGAGGAGGAGGAGGACCACAGCACCUCCCUUCUGUUUGCCAAACCAUGGGACUGCCAAAGCGCUCCCCCCUCCUCACUGCUUCCUCACCAGGACCGUUCUGUUCGUGUUGUAUAGCUUUGCCGAGCAGCUUCAUCACACCUCUUCUUCCUCCGCCUUUUACCCGCCGCCGUUCCCUCGCUCUCUAACCCGGCCCGAGCUGCUCUUCCUCAUCCACCGGCACCAAGCCUUUUCUUUUCUUAUCCACUCCCCCCCCCAAAACGUGACAUAGACUGGAGGAGGGGCUGGCCUCGUCCUCCAUGUUUGUCAGGUGCUCUCUUCUUCACUCCUUGAUUUGUUUUUUUUAAUCAUUCCAGGAUCUGUGUAACAGCACAUGGCUCUGCACGCCUUUCAGCCCAACUCUGUCAUUCCACAGAGGGGGGGCUUCGCUCUGUGCCAAAGUGCCUCCAGUAUACAGAGCUCCACUUCCCCCCAACAUCUCUUUUCUUUUUGCUGUUGGGGUCUCAUUUUUUUUAUCAUUUUCAUUAUUUUAUUUUUUUUUUCAGGGAGGUCAUUAAACCAUUUUUUUUAUUACCGCCCACCCCCCUCCAUUAUUUCGGUUCAGUUUCGCUUCCCCCACCCCCUAAGAAGAGCUCAUGAACAGGAAGAGGCGUCAUCUUCAUUCUGAGGCGUGGCAUUAGGGUGCUAACGGGAGAAGAGCGGGGCAGAAGAGGCACUUCACAUGAUUCAUCAUACGUGGGCUCGUUUUUAUAUCAAAUAUAUUUAAAGGUUUAAAAGAAAAAGAA